AUCGUGCACGCCAUUUUCUCGUCUUUGUGUAUCUUCAACUAGGCCGUUCACGCCAUUAACCAGGCCAGACACAGAGAGAAGAGUCCUAUGUCGGAGCACUCGUCAUGACCGACCCUGACGCACGUGGGCGCAGCGACUCGCACGUCUCCAGGCAUGACAGCAUUCUCGACCAGAAUGACCCCAUUGGCGCCUCCAAUUUCAAUUCCACUUCCACGCCGACAAAGCUUGAGGCCCUGCUCUCCAGCAGCAAUGUCAAGACCCCCUCUCGCUCCUUCUAUCACCGCGCCUUCCACGGCUCGCUAGACCCCGCGCAGUAUUCCUCCCAGGGCGUCCGGGAACAGUCUGCAGAACUCGCCUCAUUGGCUGUGUCUGAUGCUGAAUCCGGGACGUCGGCGCCCGCUUUUCUGGACCCUGACCCUCUCAGUCUAGAUCUCUUCCGCCAGAGUCGGCCGCUUCAGCCUGAUAAUGAUCUGUAUCAGCCUGAGGACGUGAUUGAGGAGGCUUCCGAGUCUGCCACGCCGACUCCAACCGCCCACCUCUCGAGCUCCGCGCUGACGGCGAUGAUGCGCAAUGACCCUGAAGACCAGAGCAGCAAUAACCCUGCCGCCAAGAGUGUUUCGCCAAAUAAUUCCAUCUCGCGGACAGACGCAGCAGAUGAGCUGCCCGACGAGCAAACCUCGCUGAUCCGCAAACGAACACAGUCCAAGGACCUCAGCUAUGGAACGGCCCGAGAUGUGGAGAGUCAGUCGCUGUAUAGUCAGAGAAGGUCUUCUGCGCAGCAUGCGUAUUCUAGAGCAGAAACCUUUUUCUAUGUUUCUACACAUCCCAAGUCGUGGAAUCGUCGGACAAUAUGGUGGGAAGGUGUGGUGCGUCCGGUCAGUCUUCUGCCUGCUGUUUUCUUGGGCUUGCUUCUUAAUAUCCUGGACGCAUUGUCGUAUGGAAUGAUCUUGUUUCCCCUGGGGGAAGCCGUUUUCUCAGACUUGGGUUCGGACGGUAUUUCCAUGUUCUAUGUUAGCACGAUUAUAGCCCAGCUGGUAUUCUCGUUGGGUGGGUCUAUUUUCAAGGGCGGAAUUGGCAGUGAGAUGAUCGAAGUGGUUCCGUUUUUCCACAAAAUGGCGUUUAUGAUCCUCAGCCGCGUUGGCGAAGAUAAUCCCAAGGCUGUGCUCGCCACGACAGUGCUGUCGUUCUCGAUCAGCUCAGUCCUGACGGGACUGGUGUUCUUUCUCAUGGGAGUGUGCAAAUUAGGCUCUCUCAUUGGAUUCUUCCCUCGACAUAUUCUCAUUGGCUGUAUUGGUGGUGUUGGCUGGUUCCUGGUGGCAACAGGAGUCGAGGUAUCUGCACGAUUGCCUGGUUCUCUGGAGUAUAACAUAGCAACACUGCAGAAGCUGUUCCAACUCGAUACUCUGUUUUUAUGGUUGAUACCAUUAUUUCUCGCCAUAUUCCUUCUUGUCUUGAAGCGAUUCAUCAAGUCUAAUUUUUUAGUGGGAGGUUAUUUCAUACUUGUUGCUGUUAUGUUUUACGUCGUCAAGUUUAUUGCUCGGUUCUCCAUGACGACUUUGCGUCAGAAUGGCUGGGUUUUUGAAGCUCCAGCAGCUUCGAACCCGUGGUGGCAUUUUUAUACCCUUUACGACUUUUCUGCUGUAAAUUGGAGCGCGCUUGCCGACACUAUUCCUGCCAUGUUUGCUCUUACUUUCUUUGGGGUUUUGCAUGUCCCCAUCAAUGUUCCCGCGUUGGGCAUUUCCACUGGAGAGGACAAUCUCAAUGUUGACCGGGAGCUCAUUGCGCAUGGAGUUACGAAUGCUCUGUCAGGAGCUGUAGGGAGCAUACAGAACUAUCUAGUAUAUACCAACAGUCUGCUUUUCAUUGGUAGCGGCGGUGAUUCUAGAUUAGCAGGCAUCAUGCUCGCCGCAGCCACUGCCGGAAUCAUGGUCAUUGGCCCGAUCAUCAUCGGAUAUAUUCCAAUUCUAGUAGUCGGCGCACUGAUAUUCCUGCUUGGUAUCGAAUUGAUGGAGGAGGCACUGGUCGACACCUGGGGCAAGCUACACAAGCUUGAGUAUCUAACCGUAGUCAUCAUCGUAGUCACGAUGGGAGCGUGGGAUUUCGUCAUUGGCAUCUUCGUCGGCAUCAUCCUCGCCUGCGUCAACUUUGUCGUUCAAACAUCCCGCAAAUCAGCCAUCCGAGCAACAUACUCUGGCGAAUUCACCGCAUCAACCGUCCGGCGACCGCCGAUCCAGCAGCGAUUUCUCAAAGACGCUGGCAAACAAACCCUUAUCAUCAAGCUAUCCGGAUUCCUAUUCUUCGGCACCAUCGUCAAAGUCGAAACCACCGCGCGCGGGCUCAUCGAUGACGAAGCUUUCAACAGACGUCCAAUCCGCUUCCUAGUGCUCGAUUUUUCCCGCGUCAACGGUCUUGAUUUCUCUGCCGCCGAGGCUCUAACACGCAUCAACCGCAUCCUCGGUAAGAGAAACAUACAGACCAUCAUCUCUGGCUUGGACGUGGAAGGCGAGGUCGGGAAGAGUCUACAGAACGUCGGCCUCUUCGCGGACGAAAGCCUAGUGCAGAUUUUCGAAGACCUCAACUCGGCGCUCGAGUUCUGCGAGAAUGAGUACCUCAAGAUCUUCUACAGCCGCAAGGAAGCCCUAACGCGGCGCUUCGAGGAACAGUCUCGCUUCCUCGACGUCCCGCGAGACGUCUCGCAAACCAUCUCUUCCAUCACAGACACCUACGGCCACUCCCCUCGCCGCAACUACCUCCAACAAGCGGCUCUCCAGACGCUCAGCCAAGACGAAAACGCGGUUCGCGCGCCACAGAAAUGGAUGGCAUAUCGCCAACCGCUCCCCUUACUCCUGCAAGCCUUCCAUGACCUGACCUCGAAAUCCGAAGACUUCUGGUUCCCCAGCUGCGCAUUCUUCCACCGCGAGGAAUACCCGCGCGACACAAUCCUGUACCAUGAGGGCGACGCCCCAGAGACGUUCUACCUGCUGGAGUCCGGUAUGCUGCGCGCCGAGUACACGCUGCCGCAGGGCCGCUACUCGGAGCUAAUUGUAGCGGGCAGGCCGUGCGGCGAGUUGCCGUUCUUUGGCGACACGCCGCGCACGGCGACAGUCAAGGUUGAUCAGGACUGUGUAGCGUGGGUUUUGCGUGUCGACAAGUGGAUGGAGUUGAGGGCGCAGGAGCCGCAGAUUGCGCAGGAGUUGUUGAUGGUUAGUUUGAAAUUGACGGCGGAGAGGAUGGAUAGUAUUACAUCACAUGUUCUUGCCAUAGCGGGGUGAUUUCUUGAAAAGGCGGCAGAUUCUGAUAUUCAGCGGGCAUCAUCUACGUAUUUAAUACAUUCAUAUCUACAUUCACAUAUCCAUCCAUAUUACUAACACCCUCCUCAAUAUCCCUCACCAUCAUUCAAUUGAUAAACCUCGUGUAAGCCUGCUAUGUACAACCAAUAUCAAUUGAUGUAUUAUGUACAGACCUAGUCUGAUUGAAAUGUAACCCGCCAAGAACCCAAGUCCAGCCGCGCACCAACCCAAUUCGCUUAAACGCAACAAUCACGUCGUGCAUACGAUUACAUCGUGCACCGCCAAGCUGCUUGGCAGUGCCAGGCUCCCUCUUCUCAUUCAUUAAAAACGGCCCGUCCCUG